AUGCUCGCAUUGGAGGCCGUGGAGGCCCUGUGCUCAGGGCCCUCGUUUCUGAUGGCUGACCCAAUGGGGCCCCUUCUGGACCAAGAUGAAGAGGAAGCGCUUUCACCCUCCUCCUCGCUCAGUGGCGAGGUCCCUGCUUCGCCCCCGCUCUCCCUAUCCUUGUCCCCUUAUCACACCUUUCUGCCGCCCUCCUCCCCACCUUCUGGUCACCCCUCCACCUCCUCCUUCCUGGAAGCAAAGGCAGUCUCCGACGGGAGUCCUCUGCCCUGGCUGACGGCUGGCGGCCUGCUACACGACCAUGUGGGAAUGGACCACGCCCAAGACGACGCCUUCGCGGGCAUGGACUGGAUGUCGGAGAAGAUCGAUCUCGGCGACUUUGACCUAGAGUCGCUCAUUGGCUCCUGCUCGUCGGACGAGUCCCCCGCCUCACCUGAGGAGCUCCUGGCGUGCCUCCACUCCCACGUGGAUCUGGAUCCAGAGCCUUUCCAGGCUGCUCCCACUGAAGAAGAGCCAGAGCCCCUCGCCAGCUCUGUGGAAGUGGUCAUGAAGUCUGAACCCUGCUCUCCAGCUCCGCCUCCCUCACCGGGGUUCUCUGAGAGUGAGACCGACACAAAGUCACCCCUCACCGCCAUUAUUGAACCCCUGCCAGAGGUCUCUCUGGAGACCCCGACUUCGCCGCCCAGCGAUUGUGACAGCGACUCUGGCAUUGAGUCGUCCGCUGGCUCCCCCCGCGCCAAACCAUAUGCCAGGCCCGAUGCUUUGUCCACAUCUUUCUCCCAGUCCCUGAAAGCCAAGGUUAAGUCGUCAUCUGGUGCGCCCAAGUUGGUUGAGAAGAAGCUGAAGAAGAUGGAGCAGAACAAGACGGCGGCCACACGCUACCGUCAGAAGAAGCGUGUUGAGCAGGAGCAGCUAACCGUGGAACGUGAGGCGCUGGAGACCAGGAACAGAGAGUUGGCCGAGCGAGCAGAUGCCAUCAGCCGUGAAAUCCAGUACCUCAAAGAUCUGAUGGAGGAGGUCCGCAAGCACCAUCGCGGAAAGAUGAACACCGCAGGGGCCAAAUGA